AGCAUACAGCCUAGCCGAGUUACACUCGCGGACGGGAUAGCCGCCGUGGUGGAUCGAGCGGUGUUGAGUCUUGAGGCGGUCAAAGAAGCGCGACACGAGAUAUGGGGCGCCGCGGUUCCGCUGAACGGUAUUGUGAUGGAGGCGGACUGUCUGAUCAACGCACUGAGUCUGGUCAAGGAGAUAGACAGCUUCCAGACUGCCGAGAUAGGGCGAAAAGCUCAGGGGAUCAUGGAGCUGAGCCCACUCCUGGCCGCGUCCAUGAUGGUCAUGGGGGCCGAGAGCCGCCACCAGGUUGAACCGAGGAUCCUCCAACCCCAUGAUCACGAGUACAGCCAUCUUAACGCCAUGCUCUGGAAACUGCAGGAUGCGAGAGAGGCGCUGGAGCGCUUGAUGACGGCGGCAUAUGUGGGCGUGCAAGGCAACAACCGGGACGGGUUUCGAGUCUCGCGCCACCUCCUCGUCGAUACCAACAGCAGGGUCAGGAGCGUGUUCGGCGUGGAUACUAUGAUAUUCAUCGAGCUCCAGGAUAAGCUGCGCGAGCAGACUGGUAGGUGCAAGCUCGGAGGCCUUGCUGCUGACGGAAGGACAGGUAACGUCAUAAGGCUUGACGACUCUGAUGCCCAACGGCUUGGGUUGCUGCCCGCAUCGAAUCACAGGGUUGAGCGGUGA